AACAAGAAGACGAGGUCUGCUGUGCAGAGCAUCAUGGGACAGCAACUACCGACGUCGAGGUUGUUGGAGGUUAUGGAUAAGGAGCAGUUACAGACGCUUUUGGAGAGCUUGGUUGAGCUGCACCCUGAGUUGACGCCGAGCAUCCACACUGCUGCGCCAAAGCCGUCUGUGGAGCGUGCGAUACGGAUCCUCUCGUCCAAGAUUGACACGAUCCUACAGGCGUUGCCUUAUAAAGUCGACCAGUCCUGUGAGUAUUCGUACUUGCGUGUGAAGCCUCUGAUCGAGGACUUCCUGAGUGCUUUGAGCGACUACACGCUGGGGUUUCUACCCCCGGUGGAAUCGCAGCCCGCAGUCUCACUAGAGUUUCUACACCAGGCCACCUCACUGUUGCAUAAGCUACCAGAGUUUGAAAAGCUGUCGAAUAACUACUUCAAGAACCUCGCGUAUGAGCAACUCUCGCACACGUGGUGUAUGUGUCUUCGGGAGUUCAUACAGCACUCGAAAUCUGGAUUGCUCAUGCUUGUUAACAACAACUGGGAGGCCACCUUGAAGCGUCAUAACGAACUAUCACGGGGCAAGUUGUCCAACGUCUUGGAGCUCUUCAGAGAAGAGGUGAGCUGGUUAGAGAGCGAGCAUGGCGAAAUCGCACCUACAAAGAUUGGGAAUCUACAAAACUUUAGCAUC